AUGGAUGUUUUCUCUUGGCGCGGAGGUUACCUGCGUUUUCACCCCAACAAGGGUAGUUUUGGUAGGAGAAAAGGUGUAAGGGAAAAGAACAAGUCCUGCUUAUGUAAUCAUAAAUUAUUUUUUCAAUUCGAGCAGUUCAUGCGCAGGAAAGGUGUCGCAGGAGGCUCUGCACAGGCUCUGUGGCUGGUGUGGGCGUCACUUGCCACUGUUGGCCUUCAUCGCCUUAGUUGUGGAGCCACUGGUGGGUCCCGGGGCCUCGGAUACACGUUCCCGGGUACCGCUUAA